GUUGCUCCUCUUUGCCGUCUGCGGAACUAUCGACAUAGAAAAGGGGCAGCCUUUCGACGCAUGCGGAAGUACGACACAGCCGGCAGCGGAACGACGAGACCAUUUCGACGUCGCGGCUAUGGAGGGCGGCGCAGAGGGUAGACGUGAUCCGUUGAGUCAUGGUGAGCUGCAGGCAGUGGCGACGGCCGUGUCCACGAUCGUUCUUCGAUCUCAGCAGGAGAGGGCGCUGGGGCGGCUGAAGGACCAGUUGCGCGCGCGUAGACGGAGGAAAUUGACGCAAGAUCCGUUCGAUGGGGCCGAUUACGUGGCGACGUCGGAGGCUGUUGUUCAACUGUGCUACGCGUUGGGUUACGGAGUGAUACCACGUGCGACGCCGCGGAGGGAAAUCGCGGAGGCGUGUGCGCCUCAUCUUCAGCGGCGGGUCACAUUCUACAGGGAGCCUUUGCUGCCGGACCAGAUUUUGGAGUAUGCGCUGUACAGGUGGGCUUCAGGAGAGACGUACGAGACCAGCACAUGCAACUUCGGGAUUGGCCGAGCUUCCGUGUUGAUUGCCGUCCGCGACGUUACUGCCGCGCUGCUAAGAGUGUUCGGAGAUGAGAAUGCGUGGCCGACGGGACUUCGUAAACUCGUCGUUCUGCGGGCGUUUGCUGAUAAAGGGUUCCCCAACUGCCACGGCUGCAUUGAUUGCACUCACGUGUACGUCGACAAGCCGGCUCACGCUCCUAGAGAAAACUACUACGAUAGGAAGCGCCGUUUCUCCAUCGUCGCGCAGGUUGUCAUCGACCUCGACUUGUGUGUGCUCAACGUGCACAUGGGAUACCCAGGUAGCUGCCACGACAUCAGAGUGCUGCAGUUGUCCAGCCUGUCGAUGCGCGCAGAGGAGGGGUUGUUGUUCCAUGGUCCCCCCGUGACACUGUCGUUCGGUGUGAAGACGAACGGGUACGUUCUGGCGGACAAUGGGUACCCCCCUUCCGAAUGGAUGGUCGUUCUAUAUGGAGGCAUCAAUCAGCACAUCGAGAAGGAACGGUUCGACAACAAACAGAAGGUGGCGAGGGGAGCGGUGGAGAGGUCGUUCGGCAGGCUGAAGGGCAUGUGGCAGUUGUUUCUGCGGACACACAAGACAAAUCUAGACACGCUCCCGCAGCAGUUCACCGCCGUAGGCAUACUGCACAACAUGCUGAUCGACGUAGGAAUCCCCUUCGACGAGAAUCUGUUGUGGGAGGUCGACGCCAAUGGUGUGCGAGGACGUGUGGACCUGCGGAUCGAACAGCCCCUCCAGCCUGUUUCGAUGUUGACGUUGACAGACGAAGCGUUGGCGCUGAGGAAUGCUUUGGCGGAAAGAUUGAAACACGUGUGAGUCGUGUUUCAUUUGUGGACGGCAGCGCGUGGAAGUGCUUUCAUUGCAGCCAUGGGCGGAGGGCAGAUUCCGUC